AUGCUGACACCACGCGUUAUGCGCCAAGGACUGCUUGGCAUUGACAACAGCAGUCCGAUUGGCUCGGGUGUGCGCAAUAUUCCUCUCAUUAUCAUAUUUAGCGUUACCACCCUUGUCACAGGCAGAGUCAUCACGAAGACGGGUAUUGCAGCUCCGUAUUUGACAGCUGGCUCUGUGGUCGUAACCAUUGCCGCAGGUCUACUGUAUACUCUCGACAUUGAGACUUCGACAGGCAAAUGGGUUGGGUAUCAGAUCUUGGCGGGCUUCGGAUACGGCGUCGCCCUCCAGGUCCCGAUCGUCAUUGCGCAGGCUUAUGCUGAGCCAAGCGAUAUAGCUCCUACGACCGCGAUUCAGAUAUGGUAUCGAUCUAUCGGCAGCACAUUUUUGCUCGCGGCCGUGCAAUCCAGCUUCGCCAACCAGCUCGCGCACAAGCUUGCCAACACCGCACCGAGCGUCAGUCUCACCCUCGUCACGGUUACCGGUGCUACUGAGCUGCGCCAGGCAUUUUCCGGAGCCGCGCUGGACGGUGUUAUUCGUGCGUACGCAUGGGGUAUCAAAGUUGCUUUCGCAAUUACUAUCACGACCUGCGGCGUCACUGUCUUUGUGAGCUUGUGCAACAAGUGGCAAAAUAUUAACGCGUUGAAACUCAAGGAUGGUGGUGCUUGA